AUGCAUGACUUAAAGCAAGAUGGUCAACCAUCUGAGUCAAAGGGGCCUUCUGAUGAAAUGUGGAAGGAGGACGAACCAUCUGCUCAGAAAUUAGCUAAGACAGAAAUCCAAGAUAAUUCAAGCAAACCAGAAAAUGCCAUUGUAAAGAGAAGCGGGAAAUCAUUGUGGAAUAUUUUUGCCGACAUUGUUCGUUUGCGUUGGUCCCCAUGUCUGGAAAGUCACGGCUCGGGCCAAAAGACGGAUGGAAAAAGCUCGCCUAAUCAGUCCACGAGUAGCGAAGCAUGGUUUUCUGGUCAUGAAGCAGAGAAAAAUGAAGGGACGAGCAUAACACAAGAUUUGUCUAGCAGGCGUCAAGAAGAAAAAACCCACUCUUUAGUUGGACAAAGUUCCAGCUCAUCAACUACAGAGGGCUGUCUAAAGAAUGCCAGAAUAAAUGAACCAUCUUCUUCAUCUGUUCUAGAAACUUCAGGCAUAGAAGUUCCUGAAGGCUCCUCCGCAAUGGUUGACUCCUCAAUUUCUUUACCAGCAUUAAGCCUUCGAAAGUUUUCUUCUAUGAGAGGAGGCUUAGAGACUAAAGAAGCUAAAGAAGAAAAUCCAUCUGAAAGCGGUGUGAACAUAGAGAAACAAGAAUCAUCAUCGGUUAGUGAGGGGGAGGUACAACAAAAAAGACUUCAGAGAAAAGAUCAAAUCGUGAAAGAUAGAUUUGAUGAGUGGGAAGAAGCAUACAUGCUUGAAGCAGAGCAGAGAAAAAUCGAUGAAAUGUUUAUGAGGGAAGCACUCUUGGAAGCCAAAAAAGCUGCUGACAAGUGGGAGGUACCAAUGGGGGCUGUGCUAGUGCACAAUGGAAAGAUAAUUGCUCGUGGGUGCAAUCUGGUAGAAGAGAUGCGUGACUCGACUGCUCAUGCAGAAAUCAUACGUAUACGAGAGGCUUCAAACAUGCUCCGGACAUGGAGGCUUUCGGAAACUACACUCUAUAUUACACUUGAACCUUGCGCGAUGUGUGCUGGAGCAAUAUUCCAAGGUCGAAUAGACACUGUUGUAAGGGGAGCCCCUAAUAAGCUCCUCGGAGCCGAUGGUAGCUGGAUUAGGCUUUUCCCAGUUGGUGAAGGAGGAAACAGAGACUUGGAAGCAGAGCAGAGAAAAAUCGAUGAAAUGUUUAUGAGGGAAGCACUCUUGGAAGGCAAAAAAGCUGCUGACAACUGGGAGGUACCUGGGGGCUGUGCUAGUGCGCAAUGGAAAGAUAAUUGCUCGUGGGUGCAAUCUGGUAGAAGAGAUGCGUGA